AUGGCGGCAGCAAACGGGGUAGCGGGCCCAGAGGCGGUGGCGCAGAAAUUGUUAGACUUUUCGCAGCCCCUGGACGUGGCGCUGCUCGACAGCACCGUCAAUGCCUUCUAUGGCGCCGGCUCCAACCAGGAGCGCAUGGCUGCGGAGGCGGUGCUCAAGGCGGUGCAAGAGCACCCAGAAGCCUGGACCCGCGUAGAUGCAAUUCUAGAGCACUCCAAGAACCAGCAGACCAAGUUUUUCGGCCUGCAGGUGCUGGAGAGCGUGGUGCGCACGCGGUGGGGCGCGCUGCCGGAUGCGCAGCGGGAGGGCAUCAAGACCUACUGCUCCAACCUGAUCAUCAAAAUUUCCACAGACGAGAAGGCCUUCCGCGCGGAGCGAACUUUCCUCAGCAAGCUCAACCUGGUGCUGGUGGACAUCCUGAAGCAGGACUGGCCCCACAAGUGGCCCUCCUUCAUCCCCGACAUCGUGGGCGCCUCCCGCACCAAUGAGACGCUGUGCGAGAACUCCAUGGCCAUCCUGCGCCUGCUGAGCGAGGAGGUGUUCGACUUCUCCAAGGACUCCCUGACCGCGGCAAAGACCAAGGAGCUGAAGAGCAGCUUCAACGAGCAGUUUGCGGCGGUACACGAGCUGUGCCUGAUGGUACUGAGCGCCAGCCAGCGGCCCGACCUCAUCCGCGCCACGCUGGCCACGCUACACGCCUUCCUGUCCUGGGUGCCACUGGGCUACAUCUUCGAGUCGAAUGUCAUAGAGGUGCUGCUGCGCCUGUUUCCGCAGCCAGUGUUCAGGAACAUCGCGCUGCAGUGCCUGGCAGAGAUAGCGGCGCUCCAGGUGGGGCCCGAGUACAACUCCCACUUUGCCCCGCUCUACACUUUCUUCGUGGCGCAGCUGGCGGCGCUGAUGCCGCCGGGCACCAACAUCCCCGAGGCGUACAGCCGCGGUACGGACGAGGACCAGGCCUUCGUGCAAAACCUGGCCCUCUUCCUCACCGCCUUCUUCCGCGCGCACCUCAGCGUGCUGGAAACAAGCGAGGAGCUGCGUGCCGCGCUGAUCCAGGGACUAGACACGCUGGUGGCGAUCAGCUAUGUGGACGAUGACGAGGUGUUCAAGAUCUGCCUGGAGUAUUGGAACUUCUUCGUGCCGGACGUCUACUCCUCUGUCUGCACCCUGCAGUCAACCGCCUCGCCAGUGCAGCAGUUUUCCUUUGGCGGCGGCGCCGCGGCGGCUCCCGCCGGCGGCGGCGUGGCGCGCAAGGUGCUCUACCAGAAGACGCUCAGCCAGCUGCGGGCGCUCAUGAUCGCGCGCAUGGCCAAGCCCGAGGAGGUGAUCGUGGUGGAGGACGAGAACGGCAAUGUGGUGCGGGAGACGAUGAAGGACACGGACGUGCUGGCGCGGUACAAGACGAUGCACGAGACGCUGGUCUACCUGUCGCACCUGGACCACGAGGACACGGAGCACCAGAUGCUGGACAAGCUGCGGCUCCAGGCGCAGCUGAACGGCCGGGAGCUGGGGUGGGCGCCGCUCAACCGCCUGUGUUGGGCCAUCGGCAGCAUCAGCGGCAGCAUGGUGGAGGAGCAGGAGAACAGGUUCUUGGUGACCGUGAUCCGGGACCUGCUCAACCUGUGCGAGGUGACGCGCGGCAAGGACAACAAGGCGGUCAUCGCGUCCAACAUCAUGUACGUGGUGGGGCAGUACCCCCGCUUCCUGCGCAACCACUGGAAGUUCCUGAAGACGGUGGUCAACAAGCUGUUUGAGUUCAUGCACGAGACGCACCCGGGGGUGCAGGACAUGGCGUGCGAGACCUUCCUCAAGAUCGUGUCCAAGUGCAAGCGCAAGUUUGUGAUCAUGCAGGUGGGCGAGAGCGAGCCCUUCAUCUCGGAGCUGCUGUCGGGCCUGACGGCCACCAUCCAGGACCUGGAGACGCACCAGAUACACAUGUUCUACGAGGCGGUGGGCCUCAUGGUGUCGGCAGACACCGACGCCAAGCGGCGAGAUGAGUACCUGCAGCGGUUGAUGGGCCCCCCCAACGCCACCUGGCAGCAGAUCAUCGAGCAGGCCAAGCAGAAUGUGGAGGUGCUGAGGCAGGCGGAGGUCAUCCGCAACGUGCAGAACAUUCUGCAGACCAAUGUGAGCGUGUGCAGCAGCCUGGGCCACCCCUUUGUCACCCAGUUCAACCUCAUUUUCCUGGAUGUGCUGGCAGUGUACAAGAUGUACAGCGAGCUCAUCUCUGCGGCCAUUGCCACGGGCGGCCCUCAUGCCUCCAAGACAUCAGCCGUGAAGCUGAUGCGCAGCGUGAAGAAGGUGACCCUGCGGUUGAUAGAGACGCUGGUGGACAAGUGCGAGGACCCAGACCUUGUGGCGGCGCAGUACGUCCCCGCCAUGAUGGACCCCAUACUGGGCGACUACGCGCGCAACAACCCCGACGCGCGCGACGCCGAGGUGCUCUCCAUGUUUGCCAUGAUCAUCAACCGGCUGCGGGGCAAGAUGGAGGCAGAGGUGCCGCGCAUCUUUGGCGCCGUGUUUGAGUGCACGCUGCAGAUGAUCACCCGCAAUUUCGAGGACUACCCCGAGCACCGCCUCCAGUUCUUCUCCCUGCUGCGCGCCAUCACCAACCACUGCUCCCCCACGCUCUUCGCCAUGAGCCCGGCCCAGCUCAAGCUGGUCAUCGACUCCAUCGUGUGGGCCUUCCGCCACACCGAGCGCAACAUUGCCGACACGGGCCUGCACCUGCUGCACGAGCUGCUGGUCAUGUUCACGGGCAGCCCCUCAGCCACGCCCUUCUACCAGGCCUUCUACACGCAGCUGGUGCAGGAGAUCUUCGCCGUCAUGACGGACACCUUCCACAAACCUGGCUUCAAGCUGCAGACCCGCAUCCUGCACCACCUCUUCUCGGUGGCACAGGCCACGGUGCUGGGCAUGAUGGAGCUGCGCGAGUUCCCCACCUUCAAGCAGCUUCUGCGCGACUUCCUGGUGCAGUCCAACCAGUUUGCAGACCAGAACAACGCAGACCUGUUCACAGAAGAGGUGGCGGCGCAGGCGGAGGCGGAGCGGCACAAGCUGGCCAAGGUGCCCGGCAUGCUCAACCCUUACGAGCAAAACGACAUGGAUGGAUCCGACUGAGGCCGUGGAUCAAGGGAGCUGCCUCCAGCCCCGGCAUCGUUGGCGGCGGCAGCAGCCUCGGCAGCGCCGUCGGCCGCCGGGGGUCCCCCCCCCCGGGCUGCCAGGCACCCUCCUUCCUUCCGUAACGCUGCCCCUCGAUGGCGGCGUGCCACACCUGGGCCCCUGUGGCCCUGCACACACCUACACCUCGCUUCACUAGGCAGUCCCUCCCGGUUGUUGCUCAUUCUCCCUGUUUCCGUGCCCUCUGCAUGGGCCGCCCAUGGGCACACUUUCUUAAACACUCUAGGCCCCACCGCUUACUCCGCUUUUGCUUUGCACCUUGCCCACUGACCGCCCCACCCCCACUCCCCUUCUACCCACUUACUGCUGGUGCUUCCCUCCCCGCUUAGCAGCUGCCCUUGCUCCCUCUGCCCAUUGUGCUGCAAAGUCGCCGCAGCAGCGCCGCCCCCGCCGGCGGGCGCCUCUGCAUUCUUGUAACCCCAACCUCUGCA